GGCAACUAGUGCUCUGCUACGUCCCUCCCCUUGAUCCGGUGCUGGUGAUGAGAGAGCACGCUGAGUAAGACUCUCUUCUCGCCCCCAUCGGAGCAUCUCUUGGCUGACACUCACCCGGGCGGCUCCCUUUCACGCCACGGCCUCCACGGCGGACUGAGCGCUCAAUCCGCCGAGUGCAUUGAAAUGCGCCUCAUUGGCACCUCGGAUCGCGCUGCGUCUCUGCGUUCGUAAGCCAACUUCGUCUUCUUCUCCUUCUUCCCUCUCUCCUCACCACCAUCGUCAUGUCCCGUCCGCCAUCAACCGCCCUCCUAUCGGGCAUCGCCCUCGCAGGAGGCGUCGUCACAUUGUACACAGCUCUCCUCGCCUCGUCGGACACAUCUCUACGUUCCCUCUCCUCAUCGUGCCUGUCUUCACUAAUCCGCCCCGACUCGAACAGCACAAUCGGGUACACCUUCCACCCCCUCGAUACACAAUUCUGCAUCGCCAUGCCCUUCUUCAGACGCACCAUGCAAGACCCAACAGCAAAGGGACUCUACGCCUUGACGCUGAGUGUCCUCCUCCCUUACUCUUUGCGCAUCUCUUACCUCAGCCUGGGAACAGACCUGUACAGCAUCGGGACGAGCGCCCUUUCUCUCCUCGCCCUCAUGACGAGCGGUAUAGCCCUAGGGUUGGGUCCGAUGGCCUGCCUCUACACGUCUACCGCCCUACUCCCCGCCUGUGCCUCACGCGGGCCGCGCGGCGUAAAACCACUAAUGAUAACCCCACACGGUCUCCUCCUCACACAUCUCCUCCUCACCUUGCUCGGCACUAUCAUCCUCCUCACCCCACCCACCUCAACAAUAUGGGAUCGAGCUACCACUCUUCUCCAAUAUCUGCCCCUACUAUACCUCCCCGUCUUGGGAGGGAGGGCAGCAGCCACCCCGUGGGUCAGCAAGGCCUACGAUGAGGGAAAAGCAACAAAGGAUCAGCCUAUCCCCGCCCAAGCCUCGGCACUUGGGUUGAAGAGUAGGCUGCCGUGGAUCGCAAAUGCCAUCGCGGGCGUAGCGGCGCUGUGUCAUGCCAUGGGGGUGGGGACGCUGCUGCGCGCGGUGAGUGUGGGAGGGGGCAAAGGAGAGGCGGCGGCGGCCAUACGCUGGUUCUGGGGGAGCGAUUAUGCCGGGACGGUGUUGGCGCUGGGGCUAUUGAUGGUCGUGGAGAAGGGCAGAGUGGGUACCGUGAGUUCGGAGGGGGGAAAGGGGUGGUUAAGCAUGCUCGGAUACGCAGUCGUUUUGGGACCGGGGGCGGCGGCUUUGCUGGUCUAGCGGGGUGCCGUGCCGUAGCGCUGUAGAGAGAGUAGGCAGGCAGGCAGGCAGGCAGGAGGGCCAUCGUAGCAUGCAAGCAAGCGCAGUACUUCACGCACGUCGCAUUCAAUAGACGAAGCUAGAAUAGAUCGACAAUCUUUAAUCGCAGCAAGAUUCCUCGCCCCCACCUUCCCCUUCACGCCUUCUACGAACAAAAAGCAACCCAAUCAUCUGUAUCGCUCACACUAUAACAAGUCUUCCCAUCAUCCACCUGCGUACAAUCAGAACAAGCCUCACUAGCACAGAUGUUUCCCCCAGCUUUGGCUGCCACGAAUCCCACGCAUUUCUGCCCAUCACCGGGUCGAACAAUGAGCAUCUCGGAAGCUUUGGUGGCACGGAGGUCCGUGGAGGUUGAUGUGCAUUUGGCGUC